AGUGAAGUGUAUCUCGUGUGUGGCCUUCGAUUUUAUUUUUGGUGUAGAAAAUUUGCAAAAUCUAAUGUGCAAAAAAUAGUAAUAAUAAAAAGUUAAAACACUUUUUACAAAUCACCGUUAAAUCCGCGAAAAGAAAACAUUAAAAAAAUUUCCGUUAUAGCAUUUGCAAAAUCUUUUAUUUAAAAAAAAAAAAAAAAACUUUCCGCCUUAAGAACAAAUUAACCAUAGAAUGGCACAAAUACGCCCAUUGGUACCCGAAUUGGCUGCGGUCGCACGCACCGAACUCAACGAAGUCGAAUCACGCGUUGUCAGCGAUAUUGUGGAGCUGCGACAGUGGAUUGAAGAACAGCCAUAUUUGACAGCGCGCACCGAUGAUCAAUUCCUUGUGGGCUUCCUGCGCUUCUGCAAAUACAACAUGGAUGAUACGAAGAAACGUAUCGACUAUUAUUACACAUACAAAACGACAGCAGGCGAUUUACUUAAGAGUCGGCGGAUCGAUGAUAAAGUAUUUGGUAUUUGCCGGGCGGGCAUAUUCGCCACACUUCCGAAACCAGUUGGACCGGGCGGUCCGCGUAUACACUUCACACGCAUGGGUCAAAUUGAUACUUCCCUAUACACGGCCAAAGAUAUCUUCCGUUUCCUAAUGUUUCGUUCGGAAAUUGAGGCCAAUACCGAUGAUAAUUGGAUUAUAAGUGGUGUACUUGAAAUAAUGGAUUUUUCCAAAAUUCCAUACGCUUUAUUGCGUCAAUUUGAGGCGAAUUUAUUUAAAAAGAUGGCCGCUUUCUUAGAAUAUGGCGUACCUACAAAUUUAGUGGGUACACACAUCGUAAAUGCUUCCAUGGAUGCCCAAAUUAUAUUGAAUUUGGUGCGUUUGGUGAUGAAACAAAAAGAAUUGCUACACAUACACUCAUCGUUGGAGUCGCUACAUAAGGCCAUUGGCAAGGAGUACUUACCCGUCGAAUAUGGUGGCACCAAUGGCACUUACGAAGAGGCCAUGACAACGUUUGAACAGCAGCUCAACGAAUUUAGCUCAUACUUUGAUGAGGACGAAAAGUAUGGCGUCGAUGAGGCGUUGCGUCAGAGUAUUGAGCCCGCAGUUGGUGCGGCUACAGAUAAGACACCGCCAACACCAGUCUCGCCGCCAUCGCCUAAAUGUGUGAGUGUACCUGAGGGGUCUUUUCGUAAAUUAAAUAUCGAUUAAAUUAAAAAAAAAAAACAAAAAAAAACGUGCUCUUUAAAAAUACUAAACGAAAUAAAAAAAUAAAAAAUUAAUUCAUUAAAAAUAUAAACUAAAAACAAGAACAAAAAAAGUACGUCAAAAUGAAAAUGGGAAUAUGAACAGAUGUUUAACAGACAAGAGUUAAAAACA